AUGAACAUAGGUACAUUUGUUGAUGGCUCCAUUCAUUCAAAGGGUCUCAAUGGCGGUAUGAGCACAGAUGAAUAUUCGAGUACCAUGGAAGGUGAACAAGUGGUUGAAUACGAGUAUUUGGAUGCUGUCCUUGAUGAAAAUGCUGCAGCUGCCAAAGAUCAAGUGUUCAUGAAGCAAACGUUGCUUGCGUCUCCGUCAGUGUUGCGCAUCUACCCCCACGUGAAAGUAAGAACAAAUAAGCCCUUUAAGGGCCUGUCGAGCUCCUUGGCGAACGACCAGGAGUACGAGACUAUUAUACCCAACGAAGAAGACUCACAGGCGGAGGCAUUUGACGAGAAUGAUGACAUGUUUGCUGACUCCAGUGCAGCAGCCAUGGAGUCAACAACACUGCCUCAGGCAAAGGAAGAGCCGAUAUUUGAAGACAUCAAGGUGUUGGUACGGCACAAUUCGAUUUGUGUGGAUGACUUUGAGUUCAAGCUCAAGUCGCUGGUGCGCUCAUCCUGCAUCGUGCCUGCUUCUGCUGCGCAAGAGGAAGACCAUAUCUUGUUAUCGUUGACCUCGGGGUUUCUUUUAUUGUUGCGCAUAUUCCAUGUCCCGUUGCAUUUGCGGGAUACAGACUAUGCGUCUCUGCGGGCAGAGGAAGAGGAUAAUUUAGUGUUUAAACCAUUUGCAAUCCAAUGGUGGAAUUUGUCAUCGUCGUCGCCGUCCCUCGGUCUCGAAACAAGCGGGUUUGACUUGAAAUCUUCGCCUUCGGGUCUUUCCACUAUAUCUUGCUCAGCAUCAAAUUCCUUUCGACUUUACAUGACGCUCCAACAAGAUUCAAGUGGACUAGUACUUAAAAAUCAUUUAAACAUUGCUCUUGGUGGCUUUUUGAUUGACUCGUGUUUUAUUGAGCCUAAAUCCGCAACGCAAACCGAAAUGUAUUUGACCCUUGUCUAUACGGAUGAAAGAAGGCUUUACGUCAUGUUGUACUCGUGGUCAAGCUUUUAUGGCUCGUCUCCGGAAAUCAGUAAAGCCAUCUACCCCUUGAUGGACACAUUUCCAAUUCCGAUAUUUAUUAUUCCAUUAAAGACUAAUGGAUCCUUUCUAUUUGUUUCACCUGCGCAGGGUCUUUUGAUCGUCACAAUCCACGAUAUACUAUCGGCGCAAUACAGCUCAAGGAAAGCAACAGCGCCGUGGAAAUCGUUUCCGACAAGCUUCCACAUUCCUCAAACGAAAAUCGUGGAUUUAGACCUUCCGCUGUUGGAUGAGGUCAUCAUCGCGACGGAUACUGGAGUUUUAUAUUCCGUGCUUGUAUCCGAAAACGAGAUAUCUUCCAUUUCGCCCAUCUUACGAGUCCCUGAAAGCAUAUCAACUUUUUCACUAGAGAAGGUAACAGAAAGCUGGUUUAGCUUAUCCUAUGCGAGCAUCGGCGGUGGGUGCAGGACUGUUCAAAUUGGAUCAAUCUAUCGAAAGGAGUACUUGUGCGAUGUCUCUGAUGAAAACAAAUUACUGUACAGCAAGUGCCGAGUUAUUGAGACGUUCGAUGCCUGUGCACCCAUAAAGGACUGCGCAUUGGUUGAAAAGUCCAUCUCCAAAGAUUCCACACUCAGACCAACGCAGGAAUUGUGGACUCUCAACGGGCUUCGAGACAGAUGUCGGUUGACUCAGCUCAAAAGCGCUCGCUAUGGCCAAAAAAGAGGCAAUACUUACUACGACAAACUACGCGAAGUUACCAGUGCUUGGACUUUGCAGUUUCUGGGUCUUGAGUACAUACUUUGCUCGCUACCUUUUGAGUCUACGCUUUUGGAAGUUACGGCUUCAGACGACGAGACUGAUCUGUUUGUCCAGAUUGAUUCGCCUCUUUUAUGCCAAGGUGAGCCGACUAUUUUUGCUUGCGUUUGCACUUGCACUCACGACUUUCUUGAAACGGAAUUGCUUGUCCAGGUCACGCCACACUCCAUAGUUUUGAGUGACCUAGUUGAUCUUUGCAUUAGCCAGGAGUUUGAAGAUGCCAUUGUAUUUGCCGAAUUCACUGAGAACUCCUUAGUCGUUCUAUUAUCCAGCAAAGUGGAUGGAAAGAAAACGCACCUUUGUACGUACAGUUUUAGUGGGACAAGAUUAGAGGAAAUUUCCGAGUUUGCCGACUUGCUCGCACUUCGACACUCGUUUGAGAUCGACUACGAGCCGUCAAUGCUCAAAAAGUGUUGCGAUCGUGCGGGUAAUUUCCACCUUGCUGUGGGGUCUUUUUCAGGGGAUCUCACAUUUUAUAAAAUCGACAUCAACGGGUCUAGUAUAUCUGCGGUGCACCACUUGAAGUUACAAAAGGCUCGUCGUGACAUAUGCUCUUUCAAUGUGCCAUAUGCACUGGACAAUACAGUCGCCAAUGAUUUGUCGUUUUUUCAAGACAAAAUCUACGUUGGUACACGCCAGGGCCAGUUGUUGGUGCUUGAGCCAACAUCGACAAACUCCCUUGAAAUAACAAGAUUUCUCCAAAUUGCAGAUGACGCCGCCAUUUCUUUUACUGCUCCAAUCGGCGACCAACUAUUAUUCUAUACGAACUUGGACUUGUUUGUGAUUGAUUCUCGUCAAGGACAGUACCCUGAACAAGUUUACAUGAACGAAUCACAGAACCGGUCCAUUGCGACAGUUGUAAGCCUCAAGUCGGACUUCUCUACGAAGUGGAAUAGAUUCUCGUUAUUCAGAAGUAAUGGGUUGGUUUUGGCAGAAAUUUUCACACAAAAAAGGCCAUUUUUGAAACACAUCAAAGUCGAUCCAGAUGCAAAAAAGGUUUUUUAUUUGCCACACCUUUCGAUUUUUCUCCUUCUUUGUGAUCGGAAAUCGAAUGACAGAUUGGCAUGUGUCGAUUACAAAACAUGCAGAGUCAUCCCACAUUGUGAAUUGAAUGGCAAAUUCGAGGGUGGUGCUGUUUUCGCCCCGGAUGAAAUCCCCAUAUGUGCCAAUGUUUGGGAAAUCAACAGAAGUGGUAAGAAAUCGUACAAGGUAGUUGUUGGAUGCAAGAAGGUAACCAGCGGAAAAGCCAGGGGCUCCGUCAAGGUCUUGGACUUGAAGAAACUGAAAAGACGUAAAUUGAAUGAUCAAGACGCUUAUUAUGAAGUUGCCAUCACUGGUCUCACUUCCUUUGGCCAUCUGCAUCCAGUCAAACAUAUCCAGCAAUGGCAAGACCGGUUGUUUUUCGAUGGCGGAGAUUCGAUCUGGAGCACUUGCUACGACGAAACUGAAAAAAGGUUGACUUCUCCGAACUUAAUACAAGUUUUCCCCAGUGAGAUUGUUUCAUUUCUGAUACGGGACGACCAAGCCCUUGUCACAACUAAACAGGAUUCAGUAUACCAGUUCAAGCUUGGCGAAAGUGAUUGCGUUGCCAUAGGAGUACGACCGCCUUUUGAGCCAUUCUGUGAUCAGUUAAAUUUCAAGGACAAAAUCGUGACCAGCAGCAAAGUAAGCAACAAAAUCGCAAUACUGAAAAUCAGCCGAGGUGUUCCCGCGCUCACUCCGCGCGGGUUCAUCGAGCAGGAAUUUAAGUUCGAGAUUCCAGGAAUCUCUAGGCUUUUCCUUGCCAAGUUGGAUAAUCCUUGGGUCGACGAUCAUCGCAUAUCAGAUCACGACGAUCACGAGCUUACCGUUCUCUGUGUCACUGUGAGUGGGUCUGUUAUCGCGCUCCGAUCUGUGGAUCAAGUCUCAAGUGAAUUGAGAGGUAUUCGAGAUUCUUUAAACAAAAACUCAGCAUUCAAACUAACCCUACAGGAACAAUUGCAGAAACUAGAUCGACCUUUUGAUGGAAAGAAAGCUGGCACAGGUUUGUUUUCACCAAACAAGCCAUAUUUCGAGUGUAUGCGUCCGGAAUGCGACGUCGAAGCAGAGGUGGCUUUGUGUUUGCAAAUUGUCGAUUUGGAUCUUGACGAGGUUUCAAGAGCUGCAUUUGGCAAGAUUAGUCUAUAG